CCUUUCUAUUUUCAGCGCGGGAUUUCUACGAAAAAUUAAGUUGUGUCAGAACCCGAAAGGCAUGGAGGGUUUCCACACGUGUAGAUGUUGACGUUGGAAGGACUAAUAUAUGAUCGAUUUUGACGUCUUAUAAUAAAUUGCUUCUAAAGUAACGGACGGUCUUAAUCUUAGAGAUGUCCUUCCUCGUCGAUUCGUUGCUGAUUGUCUUCUCGCAGAUACUGUUUUUCGGUGGUGGCUGGGUCUUUUUCAUAAAGAAGUUGUUUAGAGACUAUGAGGUGCACCACUCAGUCGUCCUCCUCGUGUUCUCUGUGACUUUCUCUUUGUCCUGUACCAUGUUUGAGCUGAUCAUCUUUGAGAUUCUGGGAUUCAUGGACGCAAGUUCGAGAUAUUUCCACUGGAAGCUUGGACUGUACGCCAUCCUGUUUGUGCUGAUUGCGGUUCUACCAUUUUACAUUGCUUAUUUCAUUAUUGGUAACCUAAGGCUAGUGCCCCAGAAGAGACAUGUGAUCGGAAUGCUGACUGUUGCCUCCUGGCUGGCGUUUCUCUAUUUCUUCUGGAAGAUUGGUGACCCAUUUCCCAUCCUCAGCCCUAAACAUGGAAUAUUCUCUAUAGAGCAGUGUAUCGGGCGUGUUGGCGUGAUCGGAGUGACCUUGAUGGCCUUACUGUCAGGGUUUGGUGCAGUCAACUAUCCCUACACAUCCAUGUUCCUUUUUAUCAGAAAUGUGACCGAUGCUGAUAUCCUCUCCAUAGAGAAACGACUUAUACAGACCAUGGAUAUGAUCAUUCUCAAAAAGAAAAGGAUUGCAAAGGCGAAGGAAGACAGUCUACGCCAGGCCACUGUCAACAAGAAGCAGGGGGGACUGUGGGGCAUGCUGAAAACUGUUACUUCAGCAGCCUCUGGAUCUUCAGAAAAUGUUGGUUUGUUAAAGCAAGAUACAGCAGCUUUAGAAGAACUCAGCCGACAGUUGUUUCUGGAAAGUGUGGAUCUUCACUAUGCACAGGAGAGGAUUGCAUAUUCAAAGACAUUUAAAGGGAAAUAUUUUAAUUUCCUUGGAUAUUUUUUUUCGAUAUACUGUGUGUGGAAAAUCUUCAUUUCGACGGUCAACAUCAUCUUUGACCGAGUGGGCAGAGUGGACCCCAUCACCAGAGGAAUAGAAAUAGCCGUUAACUUCUUUGGGAUACAAUUUGAUGUAACAUUUUGGGCACAGCAGAUAUCUUUUGUUCUCAUAGGAAUCAUAAUUAUAACAUCUAUCCGAGGGUUACUGCUGACCCUUACUAGAUUUUUCUAUGCCAUAGCCAGCAGCAAGUCGUCGAACAUUAUAGUUCUCUGCCUCGCCAUGAUAAUGGGGAUGUAUUUUGUUUCUUCGGUCCUCCUCAUCAGAAUGAACAUGCCAGCUCAAUACAGGUCAAUUAUUACAGAAGUGCUGGGAGAUCUCCAGUUUAAUUUUUAUCAUCGCUGGUUCGAUGUCAUCUUCCUUGUCAGUGCGCUUUCCAGUAUAGGAUUUCUGUACAUAGCUCACAAACAGGCACCGGAGAAAGACAUAUUGUAACGUGAGGCUGUGUUCUAAAGAAUUUACAUGUACAUCAACCUCAGAGACAGGCAUCUAGACAUUGUUACAUAUGUCUGUGUUUUAUACAAUUAAUAAUACAAUACACACCCUAACAGGAACAAGUGAAGGACAUGAUGUGCGCUGUGAUGCUAAGGUGGUAGAUCACGCAUCAUAGAAACAGGAUAUCUCAACCCCUUGGGGUGAGAUAGGGAAAUCCUGAAGUUGUUUUGCUGAGUUUUUGAUAACUUUAGAAUAUUUUCCAGAGGGUUGAAAUUCCCAAUCUCACCUCAAGGGGGUGAAUGAUUCGUUUUUUUAGCUCACCUGCCCGAAUGGCAAGUGAGCUAUGCCAUGGUGCAGCGUCCAUCGUCCGUCGUUGUGUUGUUGUGUUAAACAUGUCUACAUAAAUACAUUUAACUUUAUUUAUUUCACGAAAGCUUUGCCUUUAACAAAAUGUCAGAAGAUUCAUAUGAAUAAAGGAAUUUUGUGAUUAAUAUUUUUUGUAUGAUUAUUACCAUAUAAGGUAACUUUCCAAUAGCAUUGGAAGGCUCCUAUGUGCAAUGGCUCCGGGUCAAAUUCCGGAGAGGGUAUGUGUGGCAUGUGGGAUUCCCAACAUAUUAACUUUUUUUUGCAGUGUGAACUCCUCAUACUGAGUUAAUAAUUGAUAUUCUUUGAACGACCCCACCCCCUCACUUACAACUUCGCGACCUUCAUUUUGACCUUUGACUUCCACACUCUUAUGUAAAGCUGAACUAUAUUGGGGCAUGGUAGCACAAUUUGAAAUGUUUGAGAUAUUUUGUGUACAUCAAAUGUGUAGAAUAUUAAUAAAUAUUGGCUUGUGACUUUAAAGCACUUUUACUUCAUGGAGCACCUAUGCUGCUUGUCAGUCCAUGGGC